UAUGUGAUAUCGGCGCUAAGCUGAACGGCAUCGUCUUCAUCAUCACAGCACAAAUGAAGUAUGGCUGCACACGACAAAUAUAUCCUGACGAUUUAACCACAGCCAUGGUUAAAACGUUUCCACGCCGACGGGACACUUUUAAACCAUGAGAAUUCAUUGCAAAAUCGUGACGAUCGCGAUAUGUUUCGGAGUUUUCCUACUUUUGUACUUUUUCGGGGGGAAUACUGCGGACGAGCCGCCGUUGAAAGAAGUUGCCAAAGAAAAACAUUUCCUAUCCUCGCGUGAUAUCGAGGACAUUGCACGGAUAAAAGAAGCGAAAGAAACCAACAAAGAGCCACAAAUACCGCCGAAACUAAUCCGCAAACCUGACCGCAAAGAGGCGAAGUUAAGAGGGGGAAAUGUCAUCGCAAAGGCUCGGCAGAAAAGUGAGGUGGGGCGCCCCGGGUUGAAGGUCACCCGACCAGAGGAUGUCAUGCACCUGGCAGUGGUGGCAUGUGGGAACCGUCUAGAUGAAACGCUUACCAUGGUCAAGUCGGCGCUGCUCUUCAGUAUUAAGAAGAUCAAAUUUCACAUAUUUGCAGAAGAGGAUCUGGCUGAACAGUUUCAAAAAGGGUUCAGCCAGUGGCCUCGGACGGCAUCCUCAAAGUUUCAGUACAGCAUCUAUCCAAUCACGUUCUCUGUUGGGAAUGCCGAAGAAUGGAAGAAACUCUUUAAGCCAUGUGCCGCCCAGCGGCUAUUUCUUCCUGUUAUUUUAAAGGACGUAGACUCGCUGUUGUACGUGGACACGGAUGUCCUCUUCCUUCGUCCUAUGGAUGACAUCUGGAAGUUUCUGAAGGAUUUCAACAGCACUCAACUGGCUGCCAUGGCCCCUGAACAUGAGAUCCCCAAGAUCGGCUGGUAUAGUCGCUUUGCAAGACACCCCUUCUAUGGAGUGACCGGGGUCAAUUCGGGGGUCAUGCUAAUGAACCUUACAAGGAUUCGUAGCACUUUGUUCAGGAACAGCAUGAUCGCCAGCGGUCUGUCAUGGGAAAAUCUGCUUCACCCUCUCUAUCAGAAAUACAAGAACCACAUCACAUGGGGAGAUCAAGACCUCCUCAACAUCAUCUUCCAUUACAAUCCAGAGUGUCUUUACAUAUUUCCAUGCCAGUGGAACUACAGACCGGACCACUGCAUGUAUGGAAGCAACUGCAAAUCUGCAGAAGAAGAGGGUGUGUCCGUUCUUCACGGUAACCGUGGAGUUUAUCAUGAUGACAAGCAGCCUGCAUUCAGGGCGGUGUAUGAUGCUAUAAAUGAAUAUCCUUUCGACGAGAACCUGUUCCAGUCUUUGUUUUUUCCUCUUCAAACCAAGUUCUUAGAUACAGUUAAUACCCUUUGUGGAAGAAUCCCACAGGUGUUCCUCAAACAGAUAGAGAAGACCAUGAGGGCCGCUUACGAGAAAAAGGUCGUCCGCCACGUUCUACCGCCGCAUGAGUAAUAAAUCUUGAAGGCUCUUUCAGUAUCAGAAGGAAAAAUCUCUACUUGCUGCUUGGAUCCGAGUGGAUAUUUAAUGCAAAAUGUGCAAGCUGCAUGAUGUCCACCAGCCUCGGUCUGAGGGUCACGAGCCAGAGGAGUUUGGACUGGAUUGCAUUUUAAUCUUUGGAGUACUGAGAUCACAUUUGAUGUUGAGCUUCAGUUUGGCUCUUGAGAACGGGUAUGUUGGGAAUGACUCUGCAGACGGAUGCAGCAAAAAAAUGAAUGCCAACAAGACUAUUAUAUAAAAGUAACCAAGUGCAUUAGUUUGGGUCACCAACCACCUGAAUGUUUCAUAAAAUUAUUUAAAGAUUAUAAAUGAAUAGUAUGAACUUAUUGCGCUCUUAAUAUGGGUUCAGAGCCAUUGUUUGUUUUGUUUUUUAAACUGUCUUGUACCAUUUUUCAACAUCUGAUUUAUUAUGUCCAUAAUUAUUGGUGAACUCAAAGUGGCUACAACACUUUGUGCAUAAUGUUUAAUAUGAAAAUAAGUGUAGCCAUAAAAAUGAAUGUAGCAUGCACAAAACAACCGAAGAACAUGCCAGCAUUUAAGUAAUAGUUUAAUAAGCACACUCUUCGUUUCAAAACUCAAAAGCUGAUUCCAUACAAAUGAAUAAAAUAAAAAUGUUUCUCUAUUUUGGUACUACGAACCUAUUAUAAAGGACAUGAUGAUAAAAUUUUGGUAGAUUGUCCCUUUGUCUUGAAUUUUACGAUGUCAUUUUAUUUUUGUGAGAGCACUCUGAAACUGGCCAGGUUGUGUUUGCUCAUGUUUAAUGUACAGGUCUUUAACACAGAAUGGGAAUUUUGUAAUGAAAAUUGAGUUCUGCCAAAGUGUGACAAAACUAAUGCCACUAUUUAAAGUAAGCAAGCUUCCACACUCCUGUGUAGAUCUCCCCAUGUGUCUGUUCAUCAUGACAGUAUUAUAAAAGGGCAAACAACACUUUUGUAAAUAUGUUGUUUACAGUUAAGUGCACUUUUGUUUUUAUAAACAUUGUAUUGAUGGGGAGAACAUGAAAUAAUGAAAGAUAAGUAAAAAAUAGGUUUAUUUACUUUAGCAAGACCAGUUUGCAUAUAUCAAGAUAUUUUUAAAUCUAUUUCAUGUAAUCUUGGUUUUUAAUUUGUUGACUGUGUUUCUUGUGUGUAUGGGAGUGUGAUGUCAGUGAUUUAAAAGAUGUUUCUGACUGGUUUGUCAGCACCAUGUGCUCAAUCUUUAUAUGUGUGACCGGUUUCCAGGAUCCUGUCACUGGUCUGGGAUCAGUGAUGAGAUUUGUUUUUUAAACUGGAAACUCAAGGAGACUGUAUUAUAUCUUGUGUUAUUUCUGUGUAAGAAAUGCACCAGCGAUUUGCAUUGAAUCAAAUAUGCUUUUCUGUCUUUCUGAAUGUCUUGUAUUAUUGUCCUUUUAUACAAAAGCGUGUAUGUCAGAAAUGUAAUAAAUGAGAAUGCAUUUAAAUUAA